AUCGCUUCACAGGACAUGGAGAAGGAACGACAGGCACUUCAGACCUGGAAGGACCGUGUGGCAAAGGAGCUUGACAGCGUGGUCGCUUUCUGGCUGCAGCACUCCCACGACCGGGAACACGGGGGCUUCUUCACAUGCCUUGGCCGCAAUGGGCAGGUCUAUGAUGACCUUAAGUAUGUCUGGCUGCAGGGGAGGCAGGUAUGGAUGUAUUGUCGCUUGUACCGCAAUUUUGAGCGCUUCCGACGUGCUGAGAUUCUGGAUGCUGCAAAAGCAGGUGGGGAGUUCCUGCUGCGUUUUGCACGGGUGGCACCUCCUGCCAAAAAGUGUGCCUUUGUGUUGACUCGGGAUGGCCGUCCGAUGAAGGUGCAGCGGACCAUUUUCAGCGAGUGUUUCUACACCAUAGCCAUGAACGAGCUUUGGAGAGUAACAAAGGAAACAUGUUACCAGAAUGAAGCUGUGGAGAUGAUGGACCAGAUCAUUCAUUGGGUGCGGGAGGACCCAGCUGGUCUAGGCCGGCCUCAGCUCUCGGGGACCCUGGCCACAGAGCCCAUGGCAGUGCCCAUGAUGCUGCUCAGCCUCGUGGAGCAGCUUGGGGAGGAAGAUGAGGAGCUGUCUAGCAAGUACACAGAGCUAGGGGAGUGGUGUGCCCACAGGAUUCUGCAGCACGUCCAGAGGGAUGGACAAGUUGUACUAGAGAAUGUAUCAGAGGAUGGCAAAGAACUCUCUGGUUGCCUUGGAAGACAUCAGAACCCAGGUCACACACUAGAAGCUGGCUGGUUCCUGCUCCAGUAUGCUGUCAGGAAAGAUGACCCAAAACUUCGAACAUACAUCAUUGACAAGUUUCUCUUGUUGCCUUUCCACUCUGGAUGGGACCCUGAACAUGGAGGCCUCUUCUACUUCCAGGAUGCUGAUGGUCUCUGCCCUACCCAGCUGGAGUGGGACAUGAAACUGUGGUGGCCACACAGUGAAGCCAUGAUUGCCUUCCUCAUGGGCUACAGUGACAGUGGGGACCCCGCCUUGCUAAAACUCUUCAACCAGGUGGCCGAGUACACCUUCCGCCAUUUUCGUGAUCCUGACUUCGGGGAAUGGUUUGGCUAUCUGAACCGAGAGGGAAAGGUGACCCUCACCAUCAAGGGAGGUCCUUUUAAAGGCUGCUUCCACGUGCCGCGGUGCCUGGCUAUGUGCGAGCAGAUUCUGGAAGCCCUGCUCUGCCGCCUCCAGCCUGACCCCGUCGUGUAGUCGCCUGCUAUCUCCACCCACAAGAGGUUCAAAAUAAAUCUGACCCCGUUUC